GCAAUCAUCAUCUCACUCAGCCUUGUAGUGCACAUGAAUGGAACGUAGCUGCGUAUCGUUUGAUCCAACCUGAUAAAAACACCAGCAGCGAAAUAUUCUACACCAAGAACAAUUUACACAUCCGAUCGUGGAUACUUGGAAAAGAGAUCUGUCGAGAGACUAUAUCGCAUAUCGAACACUGAUUGAUACGGAGGAGAAUACCAUAGAUAGGGAUUCGGAUUGGGAUUGGGAAGGAGAUUCUUAAAGUGUUGAUAUUGCGACUGCGACUACGAUUACAACUGCGACGGGCAAGAUUCGAAUUUCACUCUCUGUUGAUGAGAUUUGCUUACUCUUCCUGGAUUGAUACGUAUCGACCUUUUCUUUAGGAUCGCAAGGAAAAAUGUCCGAGGAGAUGCAAAAUGGUGGUAUUCUUCGUCUGCCUUCAGAGGUUCAAUCAGGAAUCUUGGGACAUUUGGAAACCCCAGACUUGCUUCAGUUGUCCGUUGUUUCCAAACAUUUCCGCGACCUAGCCGCCAAAGAGCUAUAUCACACCUUUCAUAUUGUCUUUCCAGAUCUCGAUGAUCCAGACGACUCAAUCAUCGAUAGCCUCGCGUCCGGGUUGGACACAUUCGUUACGAGCGACUAUGAUUAUUCAAAAUAUCUGAGAAAUAUCAUUUUGGAACCGUUGAAUGGGAGCUUGAAGGGGCAUUUAGCAUAUCGUUCUUAUCUAUACGAUACUAGCUGUGGGAAAUUCAUGAACACACUCCUACUCUUGACGUUACGGAAAGCUAAAGCUCUCGAGGCAUUCAAAUGGGACCUUCGUGUGCAGUUGAGUGACCAGGUGUUUAAAGGAUUACAUCGUAUCAGCGCUCUGCAACAUUUACAUAUUCGAAUGCCAGCUGUACAGCCCUCCGCCACCAAUAUAAAUCCAUCUCUGACCUACAAUGUUUCAACGCCCAUUGUCAUUCCAGUUUUUCAAACAACCCAGACUGAUUCUGCAGUUUACGAUAUCACAUCCCAUCCAUAUCCAUCUUUCACAGCGAACAAGUCUAAACAAAAUGGAGGAAAAGGAAAUUCUUCAGUUAUCAAUGGAAAAUCUCCAAUAUUUUCAGGCUUCAAGAACUUGCAAACUCUGGCAAUUCUUGAUAUGGACAACUUGGAUCAUUUAUCUGAGAUUGCAGAAUGUUUACGGAAUUCGUCGACAACUCUCAAUUCUCUCAAAUUGUCAUUCUCGGAGGUAUUUGCUUCUAGAUCUAAAAAACCACCCGUGUCAGUCCCUGUCGAAGAUGAUGAAGAAACUGAAACCGAGGAUGAAUUCGGUCAAUUGACAUCACUUCCUAACCCCUUUUCGCUUACACCUGAUGCAUUGAAAGGAACAACAGUCACGGAGGAAAAGAAAGCACAGGAAGCUGCCUUGGGAAAGAUCUUUAGUAUCGAUUCAAAUUCAAAGGGCAAUUCGGAAACCGGUCAAAAGGCAGAUGAUUCAGAGACUGAAAUAGAGGAAAAGAAAGAAAACUCCGCUCCCCUGGCCGCCUUUAUAAAAUUGAUGCAAAAAUCGGCAAAGCUCAUGGCUGAAUUCACACUUUCCGACGCGGAAAGAGAACAAUUUAUCGAGAAAUUAAUUAAGAAAAGUACACAGGCUUACAUUGACGUCUUGAAAAAUGGGAAUGAGUCUUCUGAUGGGUCGGAGCCUAGUAAUGUGGAAGGCAACAUUGCGGGGAGUAGCAACACACCAGCCACUACUACAAAUGAAAGUGUUGAAAAAGAUGCCGGUGUGGAGAGUAAUGAUUCGUCGGCUAUGACCACUCCUGGAGAGGAAAAGGCUACAGAAGAUACCGAAUCUGAUGAUCAGCCUAGUCUAUUUGAUGAAUCCAGGACGCCAACACAAGCACCUAAAUCCAAAGAGAUUAUAGAUCCAGACGAUAUCGACAUAGAGGAACCUGAUUUAAAAGAGCUUGCGAUCGAUUCGGAAACUGUUGAGGAUGCUGCUACUGAGCCCGAGACGAAUUCCGACUUGGGGGACGAUUCUGCUGAGAAAGUUGAACAACCUCUCAAGAAAGUCGAGACAGGUAGCAAGGAAGAUGGAAAAGAAAUUGAAGCUCCUCGUAUCAAUUUCAACAAGGAGAUGAAAGAGUAUGUUCGAAGAAGUCGUGGUCUUGCCCUCGAGGAUUUGUCACUCUAUCAGAUACCCAUGAAAAAUUCUGUCAUCUCAAAAGCCAUCGACAUUAGAGUUUUGAAAAGCAUUACUCUACUUCAUGUUGGAUCUCAAACACCAUUUUGGCACAUGGUAGCUCGCGAGAAUAAAGUCGCUCCUCUCCCGCUUCAUGAAAUUUACACCGAUAAUGUCACAGUACAUUUCCUCGAAUGUGCUGGUCAACUUAGCAAAAUAACCGAACUUUGUUUGCUCGAACGAUCUAACAGAAGUACUGUCGAUACUGAAUCUAAAAUUAUAGUCACGAUUGAACAAAUCAGAAAGUUGGUUCUUAGGAAACAUACUCCACAUUUAAAGGUUUUGUCCUUGCAUCAGGAGGGGAUCCCUCAUCAACAGAGUCCUUUUGCAUGGGAUCUAGAUGCUAAGACUGCGAUUUUACUUUGUAGGAAGGGGAAGAAUUUGGAAGAAUUGGCGGCCUCUUUUGAUGUCAAUAUCUUGCACAUACUCAACCAGAACCUUUCCGCACUCAAAUCUCUUCGCGCUCUUUACGCAAUUGAAUUUCGCUCAGAGGAUACAUGUAUGUUGGUUCGGAAUGAACUGCGAAAAUUCACAAUGGAUAGCGUUGCACAUAAUCCAGAGUGUAAACUUGAGUAUUUGGCUUUCAAAGGAAGCGUUAGUAAGAUUGAGAGGAUUAAGAAGAAGGUGAAUCGGGAUAUAUUGAGCUUUGUGGAGAUGUACAAAGCGAACAUGAAGAAGUUAGGAGUGGAGAGUGAUAGUGAAAGCGAUAGCGAAAGUGAGAAGCUAUGUUCGGGCGAGGAUGGAUUGAACAGAGGGUUAAAAGUCCAAAGUUUAGAUGGCUUGAUGUUUCAUGACGUACCGGGUGUGAGGAUCUUUGAGAAGGAUGUUCUUUGGAAGAGACUCUAGGGGGGAAAGGUGCAUAUUUGUGCGGUCUCUGAUUUGGUCCGGUCUAGUUGAUUUGCGCGGGGCGUAAAUUGGUGAUUAGAAUCUUACAUAGGGGAUUUUUGUCUUUCACGCGAUAGUGAAAAGUAGAAUGGAGGUAUUGCAUUAUAGGAGUUUAGCUUAAUACACAGCGACGGAAAUAAAAAAUCAAAUCAUGGAGGAGAUUUUCAUAGCGUGGGUGAUGACUUUGAGGAUAGUUUAACAAGAAUGAAAGAUGAUAUGAUUUCUUGAGUUAGUAUUCGAUUCUGGUGUUGCAUGGGAGAUUGAGGGAUUUGGAUGAUUGUGCAGUUGAACAAUUGAGAUAUCUACA